AUGCUGCAUAUACAUGGCAAGCUAGCGAUAUUGGGUGUAUUCGUUCAUGCAGUGCUAUUGUAUUCAAUAUUUGAUAUAUAUUACUCAUCACCUUUGGUUAUAGGCCUUCAUCCACAUUUUAUCACUAAUGGAAAAGGCCUAGCUGAUCGUCUGGUCAUUUUCUCAGCUGAUGGUUUGCGAGCCGAUACGUUCUUCAAUCAUCCUGAAAAGUCACCGUUCUUGCAUGAUAUUAUCAAUUCAGGCAAGGGUUGCUGGGGUGUAAGCGUAAGUCAUGUGCCGACUGAAUCACGUCCUGGCCAUGUAGCAAUGCUUGCUGGGUUUUUUGAAGAUGUUAGUGCUGUUGCUCGUGGUUGGAAGUAUAAUCCGGUUCCAUUUGACAGCAUCAUCAAUAGGUCGCGAGAAGCAUUUGCCUUUGGCAGUCCGGACGUUGUUUCGAUAUUCACAAAUGAUGUCAGCCAUGCUUCUGCAAUGGUUUAUUCCCCUAGAUUAGAAGAUUUCUACCAGAACGAUGCUGCACAAUUGGACCGAUGGGUAUUCAGAGAAAUGGAAGAACUUCUGAACAACACAGAUGUGGCUAUUAUGAAACGUUUGGUCUCAGAUCGCCUUAUAUUUUUCCUCCAUUUACUGGGAUUGGACACAAAUGGACACGGUCAUAAACCACAGUCAGACAAGUAUAUUGAUAAUAUUGCAAUUGUUGAUGCAGGAAUUGCAAAAGUGGUACAAUUGCUAAAUGAUUUCUAUGCUGAUAACAGGACAACCUUCUUAUUCACCUCAGAUCACGGGAUGACAGAUUGGGGUUCACAUGGUGCCGGCACAGAAGCCGAAUUGAUUACACCAUUAGUGAUUUGGGGUCGUGGUAUACGUGGCAGUACUGUGAGGAAUAAAAUUAGUCAGAUUGAUUUGUCGCCGCUUAUGUCUGCUUUGCUUGGUUGUCCGAUUCCAAUGAAUAGUUUUGGCACUGUACCUUUACAUGUGCUGGAUGCAACACCGAGAUACAAAUUUGCAGUAGCAUACGCUAACUUUAAACAGAUGCUGGAGCAGUUUAUUCUAAAAAAGAAUGAGAAAAAAACUCAUUCAUUGCCUUUCAUGUUUCGUGAUUUUGACCAAUUCCAUCCAAAAAUAUUGCCUACUAUUGAAAGCGAAAUCAAAAGACUUGUGACACAAAAUAGAUUUGACGCAGCUGUGGCAGUAUGCAUGCAAUGGAUUCCGAUUCUUCGAACCGGUUUGAUUUAUUUUCAUCGUCAUGACCAUGCUCUCUUAGGAAUUGCUGUGGUUUCUACAUUCAUCACAUGGAUAUUAUGCGUUUAUUUCAUCACAUUAAAGCAUUCUUCCAUAAUCUCGAAGGGUAACAAUGUGUUGAUUCUAAGCCCGAAGCAGUUUACUGUUGUUGGUUUCAUGUUUAGCUUAUUAUUGCUUUGUGGACUGCCAUUUACGCAUGCAUUAUAUCUAACACUUCCUGUUUAUCUCUCAUGCGUUUGCUGCAAUAGAGUUGGCGAUAUAUUUGGCCUUAAUGUAGAAAAUUAUUUCAUUAAUUGGCAUUUAAUCCGAUGUCCAGAAAUGAGAAGAAAAUGGUUUUUGUUAUUCAUCUCUUGGUUGUUGUUAGCUAUUUCAGUUGCUGUAAUUCUUGCGAUCAUUGUUUACGCAUUCAUUUAUCGUCCAGUAUUAUCAAUAGAGUUCUUGGUCUUAGGUUUAAUUCCAGUGCUAAGACAUGGAGAAAAUCGAGAUGUAGUUAAAUGGAAACGGAUAUGGUUGAUAUGUUGUUUGGCUAUUGCUAUAUAUCCUCAGUUCCCGGUGGUUGGACAAAAUCCACUACCCACAGUUUGUGCAUUAUCGUCUUUCUUUACCUCUCUGUUAAUUUUCUGGAUUUCCACUUUUUCGGUGUUGUCAUCUACGAAAGUACUGUUCCGGUAUCAUUCAGCUUUACAUCUUCUUGCUGCAGUCGUCGUAAUUCUUGUGGAUGCUUUCAGAGAUUAUAAGUUGUUGUUAAUGCUGCUACGCUUAAUUUGUUGGCUUUCAAUUCCUGUAGCAGCAAUUUUACCACUGUUAUCAUCUCCAUCAGUAAUGAUUCGUCUUAUAUGCUGGUUUUCAUCGCUUAUGUUACCAUACGCUUUGCUAAGUUUAUCAUACGAAUCAUCAUUUAUGUUGCUUCUAUUCAUUCUUCUCGCUACGUAUGUACGAUUGGAAUUUGGAUACAUGAGUGAUGAUGAAUUUCUAUCUAUGUCAUUGCUGGAACGAGAUAAUGAGACGAAGUUAAUAGCAGGUGUUAGUGAUACGUAUUUCAUUGAAUGGCUGCAGGGCUUAAACUUGGUUAUCCUUAUCGAAGCGGCUUUCUUCGGUACGGGCAAUAUCGCCUCAUUAAACAGUUUUAAUCCGUCAUUUUUACGAUGCUUUAUAUCUGUGUUUUCCCCUUUUACGAUGGCAGCUAUGUUAAUUUUUAAAAUAUCGUUACCAAUUUUGGCCGUUGCAUUUACGUACGCCGUUAUUGUGCGAUUAAAAAAGAUCUUAAUAGCGAAGUUAUCGAUGAUAUUGCUAAUCAUCUCCGACACAAUGGCCUUGAUCUUCUUCUUUCGACUAGUGGAUGAAGGAAGUUGGUUGGAUAUUGGUAGCAGUAUAAGUCAUUAUUCAGUGUGCAUGUUGUUAACUGUUAUAGUGUAUCUUUUGUUGAAUUUUACUGAGUAUUUGCUUCUUCUUUCUUUGAGUAAAGUCGUGCUCAGUGAAGGAAGGAUAUUCGAGUGGAAACGUAUACAUUCUCUGACUUUAAAAUUACAGAAAGAUAUCGUUUGA